GCGGCAUGUAAGACACUAGCAAUUACAAAACUGGCUGCCAACUGGCAAGCCUGGCUGCCCGCUGCUCGCAAAAUGGAGGUCUUCGUCGUGCAUUACGACAAGUUGGAGGUUGGCAGGAACCACUGCUACGCAACCGACGCCGAGGUGGUUGGUGUGUUCCUGCAGCUCUGCAACGCGAUCCGGCGCGCAAGGGAGAAGGCUGUCGAGAUCCGAGAACGUUUCGACUACUUUGCGGAAAGCGAGAACCCUCUCAACAAUACCGACGAAAAUAAUUUUUGGUGGGACGGGACACGGCCCGACGAUGUGGGACGCACCAUCGAGGACAGGGUCUACGUUCGCCAGUACCCCACCAGGGACCAAUUGCCCACCAGGGACAUGACCUUCGAAGCCGCCGAGCCGUUCCUGGCCGCGAUGAAGCAAGGCGAGCUCGUGGCUGCCAUUGGCAGAGCUUGGGACCAAUCUCCGGCGUUGCGCAGCCAGUUGGAGGCCGCGACGGCGGACACGUGGAGCCGGGCAGCCGACCAGCGCAAGAUGCUGGCGCACAAUUGGGAGGAGGACCCGAAGCCGCGAUACGGCGAGACGGGUCCCAUUCGUUUCAAGGACGCCCCUGCUACUGUGAACGUCGGUAACUUGUGGCACGGGAUGUCGAUGGCGGGAGUCAACGACUUGCUUGAUGGGGGGGACUUAGUAUGGGAAGACGAAGACGGCGAGGAGGGCGGCUGCGACGAAUGCGGCGCGCCCGGCUCGACGUGCACGGUGAUUCUCGAAGCGAACCGCAAGGGCACCCUGCGGCUCGUCGCCGAAACUCAGAUCAUGUGCUACUGCAAUUCCGAUUCCGCCGAGGUCGCUUGCACCGACCGCGCCACGUUCCGGAUCGCGGCGCCGGCGCGGAAGACUAAGCGGAAGGCUAGGUAGGAGAGGUCCCGGCCUCGCGUGUAAGUCUCGUCGUG